CCGAGAAGCCACCGGUCCUGGGGGACCUCAACCUGGCCGGAGAACCUUGGGGACAUCCCGUGGUGGCGAAAUGGAGGUGGCCCUUGAUGUUGGUGGCCCUCGAGGACCUGAGAUGGUCACCACCGAUCCCCAAGAACCAGGUGGCCCUCCAGGACCUGAGAUGGUCACCAAGUGUCUCCAAGAAGAAGGUGGCCCUCGAGGACCUGAGAUGGUCACCACCGGUCUCCAAGAAGAAGGUGGACCUCCAGGACCUGAGAUGGUCACCACAGGUCUCCAAGAACCAGGUGGACCUCCAGGACCUGAGAUGGUCACCACUGGAACAUUGGAGAAGGAUGGCCCUGGGGGACCGGAGAUGAUUGUCCCCAAACCCGGUGACCUUGGUGGCCCUCAAGGACAGGAGAUGUUUGUCCCCAAACCCCAUGAACCGGACGCUCCUGAGGGACCAGAGACGAUUGUCCCCAAACCCCAAGAACUUGGUGGCCCUCAAGGACAGGAGAUGACUGUCCUCAACCCCUGUGACCCUGGUGGCCCUCAAGGACAGGAGAUGACCGUCCCCAACCCCCAAGAGGCAGAUGUCCCUCAAGGACUGGGGACAAUCAGCCGUGACGCUUGGGAGCAGGUGGGACCUGGUCAACCAACCCCGAUUGUCCCCAAACCUCAAGAGGUUGACGUUCUCCAAGGAUCGGAGACCAUCGUCCCCGGACACCGGGACCUGGGUGGCCCCAAGGGACAGGGGACAAUUGUCACCGGAGCUCGGGAGCAGGAUGGAGCCCAGGAGAUGAUUGUCCCCAAACCCCAAGAGCUGGACGUCACCCGAGGAGAGGAGAAGAUUGGCACCGGAGCUUGGGAGCAGGAGACACCCCCGGGACCAGAGACCAUCAAUGACCAACCCCAAGACUUUGAGGUCCCUCAAAGACCAUCGAUGACCAACCCCAAGACUUUGGGGUCCCUCACAGACCAUCGAUGACCAACCCCAAGACUUUGAGGUCCCUCAAAGAC